GUAACCUUAGUGCGAGGCCAAACCAUGGAGCGACGCUCUCAGCGAGCUUUUCUUUCUCCAGAGGAUGCAUACCACAUUCGAACAAACACGAUCACAAACAUGAAGCCCAGCUCUGAGAGCCAACUUGCGGAGGCUUAUUUAGAGUUGUUUGGUACAAGAUCUCCUCCUCCUACGAAAACAACUCUCACUUCCUCCGCACUCACACCUCACUCCAAGAGCAUCGAUAGACCAGAAGACAACGUUCAUGGGUUACAACAGCAAGCACGGGGCCGGAGAUACAGCGAGCAGGACAUCAAAACACGAUCCGCACGCGCUUCUAUAGCUGCCCAGAAGCAUAACUCGACUGGCUCAUAUCCAUUAUACUCGCCCAGCUCUCUGCCCACAGGCUUCUCCAGUACGCCGCCUUUCUUGCCUUACGGAGUGUCGCGGAGCAUGGAAAACCCUCGACUCUACCCUCGACCUCAAUCCGCUGGGAGCAGUAUCACUUCACGGUCGAGCUUCGAGUCCAGAUUCGAGUCGCGAACCAAGAGCCCUUUGAGUAUCACAUCUUCUAUAGACUAUGGAUCAAGUCGCACGAGCUUCGAUUCUACAUACUCCGAAGCAAGUAGCAAAGAUGGCCUUACGGUUUCGAGACCUGCUAUUCGACCUAUGGCCCACCCAGGUGCGAGACGCAUGGUUACAGAACCUAUAGUGCCAACAUUGGGUAAACAUGGAGCCGGAGGAGAAGAUGGGCAGCAGGUGCGGACAUUGAUGACCCCACAAAGGCUAGCAAACGGCAACAACAGCUACUCGGCAUAUGGAAUGAGAUACACCCAAAGGACGCCUGGCGAUGGGUUCAAGAAGUUGCCUAAAGAGAUACUGCUUGUCAUAUUGACUCAACUGAAGAAGGUUCAUCUUGAUGUGGGAAGUUUAAGCUGCUCAACAUGCUGCAUGCGCGAUCUUACGAACCUGGGUCUGAGUUGCAAGAAAUGGUGGGGCGCUGCACAGAUUGCUUUGUAUGAGGACAUCCAACUCAACGGAAGUGACUCCAUACUUCACACCAAGAAGAAGUUCAAGAUGAAGUAUGGAACGAGAUUAACAUUGCUGAGGCGCACACUGCGGGGUCGACCAGAUCUCGCCGAGUACGUCAAGUCUCUCAAAGUUCCAGCCAUACCGGACGCCGCCAAAAGCAAAAAAGAACAAGAUGAGUAUCUCGAACUUGUUGCCUCAGUAAUCAUGGCAUGUCCCAACCUCGAGCGACUACCUGGUCUAUAUCCCACUUACAAUCACGACUUCACUCGACUCGAUCAUGCCCUUUCAACCAGAAAGAAGCUCGUGGAGAAAGUGUGGAUCGUCAACCCAAGCCCAUUUCAGCGUCAACAUCGGUAUCAAUUAUCAGAGGAUGCAGAACAUCUCACACCUGUUAUGUCACCUGCCCAGUUACUUCCAGAGCAGUACAUGACUUUUAAGGCACAUCACUCGAAUUGGUCCAAUCUCCAAACUCUCUUCUUACAUUGCAACCCUGGCGGCACGAUCGAUUCGGCGCUAUUUGUGGACAUCUUCCAUUCGCUGCCUUCGUUGGUGAAUUUGCAUGUAUCGAACUUUCCAGCUUCGUCCUUCCAUGAUGCUACGCUGCUCUCCUUACCAUCGUUGAAGUCCCUGCGGUUAGAAAACCUUCCGGGUAUCACUUCUUCUGGGCUAUCCAGUUAUGCUUCCCCAUCUAGGACCGACGAUCUCACCUCAUUGUCGCUGAUCUCAAUUCAGCUCCGGUCAUUACCUGUCCUGACCCGAUUAUUUUCUCACCUGAAGUCCUUGGCACAAUUUACGAUAUCUCAAGCACCGUCUCCAACUCUCCCUACUGGCGAAGAGAUUUAUCUUCAUCCAUAUCUAGCAUCCUCCACCCUCCAGUAUCUGCAUUGGGAGUUUACCAAUCCGGAUAAUGACAAGGCAACACAAAUCCUCUCCACAGCUAUCUCUUUCAACGGAUUUCCUUCCUUGAAGACGAUUCGAGCACCAACAGACCACGAUGGCCUCUUGCAAAGACUAUGCAAACCAAAGGAGAGAAUUGAAUUGCCUGGCGAUCGAUAUCGAAAUUUGAACAUGGCAGGCAAUCCCGUCUUUUCCCAGACUCAAAGUCUACCAAGUCUGUCUCCUACAAGAUCAACCUUCUCGGGGCACGGGCACUCCGGUUCUAUCAACUCGAAUUCCACAAAGUCUCCUACUCAGUCCGCCUUCUCCUUGAACUUUGACCAUCUAUCAAACUCUUCAGAUGAGUUCGUAUCACGUGAAAAAGGGAUGAGCUUGGUCACGGCACGAAGAAUGGCCCAGCACCGGAUUGAUACAGCCAUGACUCAACCAAAAUUCCACAUCAUAAUCUGGGAUGAGAGUGGAGAGUUUCUGGAGCGAUUUGCUUUGGGUGGAUUUCUUGGGUCUCUUCAAAGUCAAAUUACCUACACCUUGAAGCCUGAUGUGGAUGGAAUGGACGAGGCUGUCAUUAGCAUUGAUGGCCCAGGAGGAUUGCUUGAUAAAGGCGAAGAAACUAACGCUAGGGAUGGAUGUACUGGAAGCUGGAACUUGGAUGCUGGUACGAGGGUCAAAGGAGCCAAUAAGGGAAAGGACAGAUGGUGGCAUAGCGAAAGAGGCAGAUGGAAGGAUAUACCCCUGCAGAAGCUCUUCUGAGGAGCUUCUUUGAUGGAUUAUGAUUGAUGAGAGUUUGUACAGCAAGACAGUAAGGUAUGGUAGUGCUACAAUGUCGAUAUCAUAACAAGAAGAGGUGUUUCCCCAACUGUUCAAGGACGAGCAGCAUCUGUGUUGUGGGC